AUGGUACGGGACCUAAGGGUAACUGAGGAGAUGGCAUCCGAGGAGGGCGCGGACGCGAUUAACACCCCCGAUCGUGUAAAACCUUCCAAAACGGAUAUGUACUAUAUUCAGUAUAUUGCAUACAUAGGGCGCGAGACGCCGAUACGACGGCACAAAGCUAUAUACACUUGGGUCGCUCCGGCCGGGGCCGAGCUCGAGGGGCCGAGGGGCCGCGGCUCAGGGCCCGGGGCCGGCGCUCAGGGGCCGAGGGGCUCGGACCCCUCUCCUCCCGCUGCUCACAGCGCGAGGGACAAGAGG